AUUCAACCUAACUUUUGUGCGCAACGUGACGAUGACGCAGACAGAAAGAGCACAGCAGGAGCUGAGAAAUUACAAGAUUCGACAAUUGCCAACGUGCAAAGAAAACGUCGUAUCAUGGCCGAAUAUAACAGCCAUACACCCGAAGUUACUACUUGAUACGACAACGGCAGGAGGACAUGGAGGAUCACAGAGCACUAGUAAAACAGAAACUGAUAUCUUCUGGUCGGCUUUUAUCCAGUAUAGGAAUCCAGAAAAACAACCAGCGGUUUACGAAAAUUAUUGGACAUCACGACACUUUCGAC